GGCGGUAUUCCCGAAAUGCCACAAGUAUCUUCAGUUUGUGAUAUAGAUAUAGAAUGUGAAAGAGCACUUGCUUCCGCAUGUAUCAAAACUAAAGAAGGAAAGGUUAACAUCGACGAUAAAAAAAUUGCGGAAGCACUUAUAUCAUUUGUUGCCAGAGAACUCCCGAAAGCUACAAGAGUAUGGAUUAUAGGUAAAGAUAUUUUAACACAUGAAGGCAUUCUCUAUCGUAGCUCUCAUGAAUGUGAAAAAUUAAUUAAGGCUUUCGAAUAUGAAAAAUCACAAUUCAUACCUGAAGAACUUUUAAAAUGGGGGGCGAUAGAUAUUCGUGGAUGGAUGGAGGGAGGAUAUUAUCCUUCUACAGCACCAAUUCCUUCACAAGAGCUUAAAACAGAAUAUAAUGAGCUUGAAAAAUUCUUGGGAGGUGCACAAUCUUAUCGAUUUCGUUGCUGGCGAGAAAGAGAAAUAGAAUCAAUGGUAUGGAACGCUCCAAUAGACCCAGUUCCAAAACACAUCCAUAUAGAUCUUCGUGGAGCAUAUCUUGGCUGUGAAGACUCAGAACAAAAACGAAUACAGCGACAUGCCUGUGUUGAAAAUAUUGAAGCUGUCCGUUGCUUGACUGGCGUUGUUCAGCUAGUAGCAUGGGAAUUUGCCAAAAAUCUCCAUCCAUUCACAGCGGGACUUAUUGGUGCUGGAUGGCUCAUAAGUGCAACUCCAAGAGAAAUCAUAUAUAGUGUUGGCAAAAAAUCUCACAUUGAAUUUCCACCUUCUCGUGAUUUAGCAGUUCGUUUUGUGGGAUCAUGUGUUCGUAAUGCACAAGUUACAUCUGUUUUAAUUCGAGACAAAAAUGAGGCAGAUAUGAUUCAUCAAUGGUUAGCAAGAAAAAAGUGCCGACCAAACCGAAUCACAAUUCCUGAAACUAUUUUAGAUGAGAGUAAACUUGAGAUCGAUUUUGAUAAAGAGCUUUUUGCUAAUGCAAAAAAUGAUAUAGAGUUAGAAGAGGUUCAUAAAAGAUAUGAUGCGGAAAAAAAGCCAGGAUAUAUCUAUCGUAAAGAAGCAUCGUCCUGGACUAUUAAUUAUAAGAGUUCAUUAGAUUUUCCACCAAGCGAAGCACCACCUCUUUCUACUGAUCCAAAAUUAAUUACAUUGCGAAAACCCUACUUAGUGGACCAGGGAGGAAGUGGAAAAACAACACGAGCUAUUCGUGCAUUUUCCAAUCGAAAAAUUGUGGUUCUCACUCCGGCAAACUUGCUUGCUGAGUACCAUAGAAAGCAAAAUCCAGGCUUAACGGCCAUGACAUAUCAUAAGUAUUUCCAUUUGGGAGCAACCCCAAUCGAUGAGUGGGAUCCUGCAUGUCUCGAAAAAAAGACGCUUGCCGAAAUACUAAUCUUCGAUGAAGCAUGCAUGAUACCUAGAAAAGUAUUACAGAGGUUGUUAUCUUAUGCUGAAAGCCGAGGUUGUCAAAUAAUUAUGUGUGGCGACCCAGGCCAACUUACACCAUGGGGUGACAAAGAAGGCCCACAUAAAUUUCUUACAGAAUGGGCUGACAAAGUAAUCUGGUGUAUGGAAGACUAUCAAUUUCAUAAGGCUAUACCUAAAACAUCAUGGGAAAAUGCUCUUGCCCAGUGGACUCCAAAUGACAUCUGGAUUUGUUCUACAAAUGGUAUGGGUAUGCGAGUUGAAAGUGCAUUAUUACAAGCACAUGCAUCGCACUUUUUCAAUAAGCCUUCAGUUAUUCGUUUCGAUCCAGAUGAUAGUAUCAAACAUAAGUAUCGUAUUCAAGGAAAGCCUGUACAAAUUCCAGGUAGCAUUGAAAUUAUAGAAGCAUAUGUUGGUACUAUAGUAAACGUGCCACUUGAAAUUGUAUUGCGCGGACUUCCUGCUGAAUGGAAAUAUGCUGGCUGGGAAAUGGUUCAUCGAAUUCAAGGACAAACAAUUGAGGCACCAGAAUGUUGCUUUAUUGUAGACCAUAGUUUGAGAGGUUGGAUCAAUAAUGCUGUAUAUACAGCUUGCAGUCAUGUACGAUAUAUGAAUCAAUUAAUCCGAGUUGCACCCCCAAAUGAUAUACUCGAAUAUAUUGAGCUGACUGAACUUCAAGUAACUUCUUGCCCACAAAUCAUUGAAGCAAAAUUAAGACGUUACAAGUUAGAUGACCGCAAAAAGAACCGUCAUUUUUCAAGGCCACUUAUGAUAGUCGAGGACUGGGAGAUAGAUAAUAAAUCAGAUUUAAUGGAAGAUUCUACAGUAUGUGAGAAGUCCCUCUUUCUAGCAGAAAAUGAUGAGGAAAAUGCUAUUCCUUCACUCACAGUAAAGGAUGUUAUAGAAAUUACAACUUGGCAAGAUAAAUGUUGUAAAGUAUGUCGUGUUCCACUUCUAUUCCAAGGCUAUUCCAAUCACCAUCCACAGUCAUUUUCAGUUGAUCGACUUGAUGAUGCUGAAGGACAUUAUCGCCAAAAUGUGAGAAUUACUUGUCUUCGUUGUAAUGAACGACAUCGACAUUAG